AUGGCCGGCGAACGCAACUCAUACCGGGACCUGAUCGCAUGGGGGUCGACGCUGGAAUACGAGACACCGGAGAUAUCUCGGCGCGCGAAGCAGCUCUACCAACGGGCUAAAACGAACCUCUCGGCCGAGCGUGGGCAUGGAAUCACCGGCAUAAACGGGAACGAUAGAGCCUUGGCCUGUCUUUGUCUCUGCAUUAUCAAACUUCCGAAUACCAACACGGUGGCUGAACGCAAGGCCAUAGAGACCUCAUUACAACGUACCUCGGGCGUCUCGACGAAGAUAUUUUCGACUGGUCUGCGCGAGCUCCCCCGGAUUCUAGGCACGACGACCGGCGGGCGAUCGGCGAAUGCGAGUCCGACGCGAAAAGCGUCGCCGAGCAAGGCAAAGGCAGUCUUGCAGGGCAGCAGUCGAGUGCGGGAUGAGGGGGGGAAGGCUCUGGUGGGGCGCAAGACGGAGGGGAAGGACAGGCCUGCUGGGCGGGGUACCCGGGAGACGCUGAUGGCCGCCGGCACGUCUCUCAAGCGACCCGCCUCGUCGCUCUUGGCCGACGAAGAGGAGGACGGUGUGCGCUCGUCGCCGACGGCCAAGCGGCGCAAGGCACGGCUCGACCAGGAGGAGGCCCCCGUGCCGGUGGUCAUCGUGCCCGUCGCGCCCGGCUCGGCCGUCCGGACACCCCGGCAGGGCGACCCCAUCUUGCCGGAGCCGAGCAGUGUCCGGACACUCAGGAAAACACCUCUCGCCCUCCCCAUCCAGCGCCCCCCUAAACCCAUGACCAUCUUCCACGCCCACCCUGUCUUCAACCCCUCCAAACCGCCCCUCACUCAUCUCAACUUCAGCGAUUGGAACUGGAAGUCCAACUUGUUCAACUCUCAUUGGUCACUCGACGAUGUCCGUGAAUGGGAGCGCUGGAACCAAAAGGCUCUCGACAGCUCCCUCUCUUGA